AUGCAAACUCCUACUGAUGGGGUGUCAACCCCCAAAAGUAAGUCAGUAUUGCGGAGCAGCAUCGCCCCCUACCAGAGCUCUAGGUACCCUCUUGGAAGCCUAACUUCUGCUCGGCGACGUUCAUCAUACCGCCUCGCAUCCAAGAGGAGGGUACCACAAAGCACACCUAUACAGGAAACCCUUGAUCCACAGAAGGCAGCUCUGUUGCUUCAAAAACAAUGGACUAUUUACAGCGUGACACCGAUGUAUAAUUUUUCAUAUGACAAGCUAAAGGAAUACUCAAAGCAUCUAUCUGCCACUAUAGCAGCUGAAAAGCAGAAGGGUGUCGCUGUUGAUCCGGGGUCAGACUUUAACCUGAAAGCCAACUUUUCCUGUCUUCCUGGACUCAAAGGGAAAGAGAGGGAUCCAACUGCAAUACUAGUUCAGAUUACUGGAAAAUCCCAAUCCCAGCUCUCCAAAUCGGGCACAGAGGAGCGGAUUGUGUGGACUGGUUGGUUCUGCGGGACAUACACAGAGGAGGACAUAUUAGAAGUGUUACCAGAGACCUUCACCUGUCUUCCACUAUUUCUUAUUAACGGGUCAGAGUCAUUCACGGCUAUAGUGGGCACCUGGUUCCAACAGGCAUUUGACUGCUGUUUUGGUAAACUGGUGAUCAGGUCACAUGAUCUUAGAUGGUUGGUGGCUAUGUGCGCUGGAUAUGAAGUACAUGGACACGUGCCCACCACAGAACUGGUAUUCUCUGUGCCAGUCGAACCACACAUGGACAUCUCUCUUGCCAUUCAUCCGGAGGAUUUUAAAACCCUGUGGAAUGACAUUCAAAAAUCUAAGGAUGAGGUGAUGGUGGAGGAGGUUGAACAUUUAUUUCAAUGUCUUUAUUCACAUUUCUUCAGACACUUUAAAAUUCACUUAUCGACGACACAGCUGGUAAAGGUGACCGUGGCUGUGGUCUCGGCACACUGUGACGGCAAAGUAAAGGUAAGCUUUUUGCCUUGUGAGUUGUGUAAAUGUAUAUUUUAG